AUGUGGCACUUUCUAGAAUUGGAUCAUGAUCAGAAGCUCGAAAGACGGCGAUUACUAGACCUCUAUGGCGCGCUAGCUCAAGUCUCUGCCUUAAUUCCUCUUCUUUGUCUCCAGAUAUACUUCGCUUGCACAUGGAUCCAAGGAAGGCGGUCGCAUGACAGAGGCGCUACACCCAGCUCACCGCACAUGAAGAAACGGCGUACCGAGCCCUUUAACGAAUAUACGACAAGAUCCAAGAAUUUAUGGAGAAAGACGAUAUGGUGGAUGGGCGACACGAUAGACAUGUGGGGAUCUCGAGUCACAAAGGGGGAAAUUGUGGCAAGUGUGUUGUGGACAGUGUGGCUGAUAGUUUUGAGUUGCGUCCAAACGCAAGGUGACUAUCUGCACCUGACGAAGCGAUUUGGCAUUGUAGGCGCCUCUCAGCUACCACUACAAUAUCUUCUUGCUUUUAAAUCACCAUUCAGUCCCAUCCACCACCUCACCGGGUGUUCCUGGACGACACUCAAUGCCGCGCAUCAAGUAUUGGGUCGUGUCUCGACGAUCCUGUUCUACUCACACGCAGGUCUCUACCUGAACUUCUUCAUCCAGGCGCACGUCCUAGCAAAACGUAUCAAAGACUGGGACGUCAUACUUGGAAUAAUAGGGACUAUUGCCUUCACAGCUGUAGGCACGACUGCACUGUCCUGGAUCCGAAAAUUGAGUUAUCGCGUAUUUUACACAACUCACGUCACGCUGGCUAGCAUACUGCUCCCAGUACUCUACCUACAUGUCCAUCAUAUUCGCAUCUACAUUAUCGAAACGCUCGCGGUGUAUGCACUGCAUCUAGCAUUGCGCAUUCUCACCGAACACAAAGUAGAAGGCUCCCUGACCAUUGUCUCCAAGACCGCAAACCUGCUCGAGAUUAACAUUCCAAUCAGUGCAAAGUCCAAGGGUAUUCAGUGGCAGCCAGGUCAACACGUCUACAUGUCCUUGGCACAUGGAUCGGUGUACAUGCGCCCACUCAAGUCCAGGAGUCCGUUCACCAUUGCCUCUGUUCCAGCAGAAGACAACAAUCUCAAGCUCGUGGCUAGAGUACUAGAUGGCAAUACUGCUGCUCUGGCAAGAGCGGCGACGGAUGGCGCUACUGGCAAAUCCACUCUUAUGCCACUCAUCCUAGAAGGACCAUAUGGCUUGUCAACCCAUCCGAACACCCUGCUUGGCUACAAUCGAGUUCUGUUCAUUGCUGGCGGAGUCGGCGCGACCUUUGUGGUGCCACUCUACAGAACACUGCUUAAGGACCUCUCUCCGAGUCCUGGAAGCCACAGGAGACAAAAUGUUGCAUUCGUCUGGGCGGUCAGAGACGCGGCAGAGACAAGCUGGGCAAUACCUGAGGACGAGAAGGAAAAAGAUGGUAUGCAAGAGCGCAUGACAGUCCAUGCCACCAGAACCAUGGCCCAAGAUCAUGGUGCGCAGAAUCCAGACGAUGCGGACGAUGGGAUUGAACUUGAGCAAUUACUACCCAACGCCGGCGUUCAUGACUCAGCACAAGGUUGGCAAGUUCAUCAGGGUCGACCUGACUUGGGUGAGAUGGUGGAUCGGGCGUUCAACCACACGCAGGAUGAUACCAAAGUGGCAGUGCUUGUCUGCGGCCCAAGGUCAAUGGCAGAGGAGGUCAGGAGAAAAUGCAGCAGAUGGGUUGGCAAGCGAGAUGUUUGGUUACACGCUGAGGUGUUUGGAUUGUGA